AUGGCCCAAACAAAUUUAUUCUUUGCCUGUAUUUUCUUCAUGCUGAUUUUCUCCCAAGAAAUUCACUCGGUAGAUGGAAGGCACUUGAAACUUGAGAGAAAACACAAAUUCUCAAAGCUCCUUACCUCAAGUAAGUUUGAAAAGCAACAGACUAGAUUUGUUGAUAAGCAUAACGUGCAUGGUGACAAUGACUCAGAUGUAGAGGUGCCUACCACUAUUUGGUCUCCACCUGCACCCCCAGUCCUAGCUGGUGCGGUUAUUGGCGAGCCUGGGUCGUCACCCCCACCCCCAGGUCAUGUGGACGACUUCAGGCCCACUGCCCCAGGCCACAGCCCUGCCGUUGGACAUUCCAUUCAAAGCUAG